AUGGUUGAAACUGGAAAACAUAGAGUUUUUACAUUGGUAUAUUGGUUGAUUGAGUUAACAUUGGUUUUACCUGUUACGACUGCUUCUGUUAAAAGGAAGGUGAAGAAAGAAGCGAUUAAGAAUUCGGUGAGGGUUUCUGAUCUGCUAAUCGAUGCCGUCAAUGGAGGCGUCCAAGAAGCAUUCAUUUAUGAGAAGCGUAUCGAGCUCGAGACAAGGGCUUUAGCAGCAUCAGUUGUGCGGUUUGGGAAGCAGACCGAUCAGUGGCUUGCUGCUUCUCAUGGAAUCAACACGGACUUGAAGGAAAUUGGAGACUUUGAGAACUGGAUGAAGACGAUGGAAUAUGAUUGUAAGAGGAUCAGUGAUGCAAUAUGCAACAUCUACCAAGAGUAA